GUUUGCAUGCAGUCGGUGGCUCUUUUCACAGUUCAGUUCCGAUUGUUUGUGCAAAGAAAGCUGUCGCCUUGCAUGCUGUUUCGUUUGAAACUGUUUGCUCGUGACGAAGAAAGUCAAGACCCCAUGCUGUUGUGUUACUCAGGAGUAAAACUUCUGUAACCUCUGUUUGUGGAUCUACUGCUCGUGAUUACGUCGUAGUCAGUGCACGUUUUCAACUGGUCACAAUCAUAAUAUCGAAAAUUCUUAUGGUACCAUUGUGAGGCUUCCACUGUUUUGACGGUGGGCACUAAUGUCUGACAAGUGCAGUUGAUGGUGUUAGUGGGUGAGAGGUAGUCGUCGGAUUGAUUGUCAAAUAGAGAGAAUUGCCGGCUGAAGUAGAGAGCUAUGGCCGUUCCAGGGCUUUUCUUUGCGUUCGAAAUCAUCGUUGUGUUCCUCAUCUCACUCUAUCUGAUUCACAAAUAUGGAAACUGGCGUAAAGACCACUGGGGCACUACCUUAUCAGUUCUGACGACUUGGUUCCUCUGCUUCGCCGUGAUAUUUGUUCUACCUUCCGAUAUAUCAGCUACCCUGUAUAAUCGCUGUAAGGAGAACAACAGUUCCUCAAUCGCAAAUCACUCUCUGUGCCAUACGCCAUGGUCGUACGUUACCGAGGCCACCCAGAGGAACUUCUGGGCCCUGACCUAUUGGUCUCUGCAGCUGUUGUCAUGGUUCAUACUGCCCUUCCUACAGUCGUACGUUCUGUCGGCACAGUUCACGCUGCGCGGCAAGCUGUUUGAGAUGCUGAAGGUGAACGCCAUCUGGUAUGGCUCCUUCCUGCUGAUCUUCGGCAUCCUCUUCAUCUACAUCCUGGCCAAGGAUCUGCUUUCUGGUAUCACGCUGAAGACGCUGACAACGACGGCGGCCAACACUUGGGGACUGCUGAUUCUGGUGCUGCUUCUGGGUUACGGUGUUGUGGACAUGCCACGCUCUUUCUGGUACAAAGGCCGUCUCAAUUAUCAAUUGCAGAAAGCAUACUAUUCGGUCGCCAAACUACGCAAUGAUAUGGAAGAGGCCAAAGAAAAGCUUGACGAAGUCUUCAAGGAUGUUAAAUUUGUGUCUGAGAAGAUUCGCUACAACAAUCCUAAUCGCCAUUGUGUGGACACCAUUCUGGCGAAGUGUCCAGACGACCUGGCCAGGCAGGGCAGUCGCGGUGUGGACGAUUUUGAGGACUACAGCGAUGGAAAGCAGUCAGAACUCACCACCCUGCGCGGUUUGGUGGGUCUGCACGGGCGCGUCAUUUCCUCCUCCAGGAACGCGAAGCGCACUGAAGUACAAUACAAGGAGUUCCUGAGGAGAGCAAUGGAGUACGAAGAUCUGGAGGAGAACAAACACAAUGAAACCGGAAUCUUCCUCUCCUCUUCUCCAUCCGGAAGGCAUUCUCUUCAUGCCUAUUCACCCCGACUCGAGUGGUGGUGGCGCAUUCGUAUUCGCCCUAUCCUCUGGAUCCUGGUCAGCACCCUGUUCUCAAUGGCCUCCCUGAUCAUUCUCUGGUCGGAGGCGACUUUUUUCAGCCGUGAUCCUGUGCUCAGUGUUCCGGCACUGAUUGUACAUCGGGCGGGCUCUUUUGCUAAAGAUACCGACGCAUCCGACUCCAAGGAUGAUUAUGCUUUCAUUGAGGUGUUCACCAUUGCAUUUAUUGCGUAUAUAGCAGCCUGUGCCUACUACCCAAUCUACAAGAUUCGCCUUUUCAACUACUACUACCUAGCUUCCAAUCAUCAAACUGACCAGGGCAGUCUGCUCUUCAAUGCAAUGUUUUUGAGUCGUGUGGUGGCGCCACUGUGCUUGAACUUCCUGGGCUUGAUUCACAUGGAUAGUCAUGUGUCCGGUGUGGACGGUGUAGCUCAAACGGCAUUCACAGAGACUAUGGGCCAUUUGGAUGUCAUUCCCUUCAUCUCCAAAGGCUUCUACAUCUAUUUUCCAAUCAUCCUUUGCCUUCUGAGUUUGGUGACCUUGUUCCGGCUUGGUUCUCACAUCAUGGCGUGCUGUGGCUUCCAGGCCUUCCUGCUGGAUGAUGAAAUGACCACUGAGUUGGUCAAGCAGGGCAAGAAUUACACGAGAUUAGAGCGGCGGUCACGGAAUCGUAAGGAGAUGCGCUCUACCGACAUUCAUGAUCGGUCGUCUCGUGAGAUGUCGUCGCUGAGAAACUCUGACACCGUGACCAGCUCAGCCGACGCUCUUUCAGCUGCCGACGUGGAAGCCGGCCGCUCGGAGACGAGAAGCGGCCGUCGCGAGCGCGACACCAAGCGCUUCAACUCACGCUACUCCCGCUUGGGCGGCAAGGACGACAAACUGGCGCUGACGUCCGCCGAGGAGUUGCCUGACGUCACGCCGACAACCACCAAUUUUGACCCCUCGCCGAAGCAUCCCAUCCUGCCCAAGCACCACGUGAAGACCAGCAGCGGGGCAACAGUGUCCAGACCUUCCCCCGCACUGCCACGUGCACCACCAAAGAACCUCUUCGAUGACAUCUAAGUGUACUGAUCCUGCUACAGGAACGAAUUGAACAUGGCAUCUGGAAACUCAGCUGAAAUCCGGUAUUUAGCACACAUGCAACAAGCUCGUUCGACCUCUCCCCUAUUCUGACCUAAGCCAUCUGAGCCUACUCAUAUUUCUGGGCUCUUUUUUUUACAAAUACUUCCCUACAUUAUUUCCACGUACAUCUUUUUUUGCCUAUUUUCACUUUUCUUGUACCAGCGCAUGCUAUUGUCGUUUUCGUGACGUCUUCUUUGGCUCAGGUAGGCCACCUCUCUGGUCAUGUUGUAUACCGGUAACAAACUUCUUCCACGUGUGCGGCUUGCUAUAUCUUCAAGCUUGCUCACUUACCCCGGGUUUUAUUUAUGCGGAAACUUCAGAGAAGGAUUCACAAGCCAUUGUUCUGUUCACUCCCACAGGGUAGUAAUUUAUCCGUUUUCCAAGUGAAAUAGUAAUACAUGUAUUGCGUUUCGAACAUCUCCCUGGUGGGAUGUUCUUCUCGCUGCUCAGCUGGCUGGCCUCUGUACUUUUAUCGAUAACCCUAGGGAAGUUUAGUGGACACAGUAAAGUGUCACAAUAAUUAUUAUGA